GACCUUGAAACAGGAGGCCGCCGCCUGGGGCGCAUAUCGGCUCCAUUGGUCCUAGCAAGCUAGGGUUUCAGUCAGUCAGUCGGGACCAUGGAGUCGCCGCCGCCCAAGCGCAACGUCGGCCACGGCGGCGAGGACGGGAUCAGCGCGCUCCCCGACCACCUCCUCCUCGACAUCCUCGAGCGCCUCGACCUGCGCGAGGUGGUCUGCGCCGGCGCGCUCUCCACGCGGUGGCGGCACCUCCCCGGCCACCUCUCGCGCGUGCACCUCGACGCCGGUCACUUCCGCGGCGCCACGCCGCUCGAGGUCAUGGACGCGUUCACGGGCGCGGCGCGGGCCUUGCUCACUCGGGUUCCUCCCGCCGAGGGCGUGUGCGAGAGUGGUGCCCUCAAGGUGCUCGUCCUCAGCUUCUACAUGUCUUUCCCUCACCUGAGCUCCAUAGGCCGCCUAGUCGAGGGCAUCGUGAGCUUGGGCAACACCGAAUGGCUUGAGUUUUGCAUAUCCCUGCCACCCACCGAGCCGCUGGGCAGCGCCAUCGAGAUUGGGCAGGAGUUCAUGGCCUUCUCCCGUGCCUACCCAGUCGCCUUCUCAUGGCUCACGACGCUUACGCUCGAAUAUCAUGCUUUUGGACAUUCGGGCAUCACUGACCUCAUUCGCACUUGCGGUAGGCUCAGGCACCUCAAGCUGAGAGUCUGCAGACUGCUUGACCUGCACUCCACGCUCAAGAUUGAUGUGCCGUGCUCUCAGCUCCAGGAGCUCGAGUUCAUCGGAUUUGGAUGCACGCGGAUCGAGCUCGUCUCUGUCCCGAAGCUUAGGCAAGUGGAGUGCUAUCGUUGGCUCUUCAAGAACACUCCAGUGCGCUUCGGCUACGUUCCUGAGCUUCGCGGUUUAGUACUCUCUUCUAAAGCUAAGGCAUGGCAAGAGCCAUUCGCACUGAGCGAGUGCCUGUCAACGAGUACCGUUGCCAGGAACCUGUCAAAACUGACUCUGUGUUUUGGGUACCAAAUGAUUUGGAUUCAGCCAGAAUCUCCGAAGCAGCUCGUUGCUAUGUUCAGAAACCUGACCUCUGUGCGUCUUUUCCGUAUCUUCCGUGAGUGUGAUCUGAGCUGGACACUGUUUAUCCUUGAAGCUGCACCGGCCCUACAUGAUAUGACAGUAAGUUUAUCUCGACAUUCAUGUGUGAAGACGCCCGAGAAGAGUGCCGAGAAGACCAACGUGGUGUGGGAACCAUCCAAGGAUUUAAAGCACCUGAACUUGAAGGUGCUGCAGAUCUACGGGUGCGAGGAUGAAGACAAGGUGAGAAACUAUAUAAGGCUUGUCAUGGAACGAGCUGUGGGGCUUUUUAUAAUCCAGUUGUAUGGUGAAAGCCCAUGCAUGUACUGCGAUGCCACCAACCUUGAAAGAUCAGACGCGGAAAAAACUAGCAGGCGUUGGAUUAAGGAGCAACUCACAUAUGGAUCAUCCUCAUCUGUGGAGAUAAUUAUUUGUUGA